GUUAAUAGCCGCGAGCCGGCCGGUCCGGUGGAGCGGAUCUUUCUGGAUGAGAGGAGGAGACAGCGGCUUCCUGCCCUCGGCCUGAGCGAUGCUGAGAAGCUGCGCUGUGCGCCUGCGCGCUCUUGGGGCUCCGCCUGCGAGGGGGCCCGGCGCGGCUAGGAGGUUAUUUUCUUCUGAGGAAGUCACUCAGAAGGACUAUGCUCUCCCUAACCCCAGCUGGGAUAAGGACCUAAGACUCCUUUUUGGCCAGUUCAUGAAGAAAUGUGAAGAUGGCUCCUGGAAACGUUUGCCUUCAUACAGACAAAACCCUUCUCAAGUCCUUCAAGACUUCCACACCCGCUUUGUUGACCCCAGGUUGAGGAAGGAAGAACAGUUAAUUAAGUUAAAGAAGGCCCAACAGUUCACCAGAAGCUUGGAGGAAGGGCUGGGCUUUGAGUAUGUCAUGUUCCAUAACAGCAUUGAGAAGAGGGUUGUGUGCAUCUUCCAAGGAGGCCUUCACCUGCAGGGAGUGCCUGGGUUUGUCCAUGGAGGUGCCAUCGCGACCAUGGUUGAUGCCACUACCGGCACGUGUGCCAUUUCUGAGGGAAUUGCCAUGACUGCCAACCUCAACAUCAACUAUAGAAAACCCAUCCCCCUGUCUUCUGUUGUGGUGCUAAACAGCCAACUUCAAAAAAUCGAAGGAAGGAAACUUUAUGUUUCCUGUACUAUUCAAAGUGCUGAUGAGAAGAUUUUAUACACAGAGGCAACAGCCUUGUUUAUAAAGCUGGAUCCUGACAAGCGUUUGACAUAAAAGAACUUGUGGUGGAUCCACCUGCUCCGCAUGAGGCUCCCCACCCU